AACCCCGUAUCCAAUGUCCCCCUUCCCUGCCGGUGGCGGAAGCCCCCGCCGGCACAGCAGCGACAGUGGGGGCGGCAGCGCCAGCGGGUCCCAGAUCGCCGACCAACUACUCGACCCCUCCUCCUACAGCGGUCAGCCACCAUACAGUUGUUGUUCAUCGAUGGGGAAUUUGGUUCCUUGGGGCGAUGGGGGAGAAAAACGGGAUGUAGAUGAAUGUACCUCGGAUUUCAUUCCCGGGCUGGCGGAUGUCCCACCAAAAAAUCAGCAGGUGCGAGGAGGAGCGGCAUGUGGGAGGCAACGUUGAGGCUGCAUCUUCUGCGCAAACGAUGCAAGAACAGGGAUCGUCCAUUGCUGCCACUUCCUCAUCCUCUCAGCCCGCAGAGGCAGUUGCUCAUGACGCUACCGAGACAUCAAAGAACUCUUCCAAUGGAUCACUCUUCUGGGCUCGGCGAAGAAACGAUUGGGGCUUGAUGUUUUACAUCAGGGUUGAUCUUCAAGGAUCAUUCCAUACAUACCCUGACGUGGGCGGGCCAUUUCAGAACCUACAGGAAGCAAAUAAUGCUAUCGACCGCCAUCUUGAUGCUCGCCGGGUUCCAAAAAUGUGCAUUGAACAAGCAAAGGUUUCUAAAAGGGAGAUGGCUAUACGAACAAUUAUGUACUGGCCUGAUGGCACAAGGAAGAAGUGUUCACAAUCUCAUGCAAUUGAGAAAAUCCGUGAUGAUAACCGCCAAUUUGUUCAAGCUUUAGUCGACAAUUAUAACAAGGAUCACAACCUGUUUGGGGAUAUUGCAUAUGAACUCAAAGAUGUUGUGCAUCACAAAUUAUUUGUUGAGAAACAUAUGUUGUAUUGGCAUUUCAAUUUCAUGGCAAAGAAUAAAGGAGCUGAUGAUUUUGACGGUACCAGUGGCAAUCUAUUCUUUGCUGAAGUGCAGCAAUGUAAGCGACAAGGAGAACAUGAAGAAUUGGUGGUCAGCUGUUUCUGCAUGAUUAAGCCUAUUGAUAAUGGCCACUGCUAUGGCUGUACAACCUAUGGAAGUAUUGAUAUGAAGCACCCCAACAAAUCUGGUGCAUACACUGGUGGUCACUUGUACGCAUGUAAAAAGAUGAAGUUUAAGAGAGAGUGGAGCGAUGAAGAUGAGGAAACUGAGGAGGCUAGGAUAAGGAGAAUGUACAAGGAAUAUGAUGAUCCACACUUUUUGAAGAAACUCAGGAGGUUCAGGAAGGAACAAAGACGCCUCAAGAGUGAGAAGGGCGCCCCAGUAUAAGAAUAGGGAGGGUGGCAGAAUGAAACGGCACAACCGCUUUGCCCCUUGUAGCGACUCAAUAUAAUGUUAACCUUCCAGGGUGUCAUUGCGAGAAAUCAAUUUGGUUUGAGAUGGACCUGGUUAAGCUACACAUGUACGACUAUCUGGUUUACAUAUCAGAUGUUUCUUUUGUUCGGUUGUUACAUAUUCCAUUUGUCAGACGUUGUGGAGGAAGUGGUCUGCAUUGGAACGCAUAGAAUGAUUGUUAAAUUCCAAAAGCCAACAUGUAGAUGCAUGCAGCUGACAAUGUUUGCAUAAUUUGGAUUAUAACAGGACUUAUUCAAAA